UACUGCUGGCUGAGGAGGAGGCGAGUGAUGAGUACAGAGCCGUAGAGCAGGUCGUGCCGGAGAUGGAAAGGGGGAAGCCUGUUGUUUUCUGCUCCAUGAACCCAUUGUAAGAGCCAGUAAAUCCUGUGGAAAAAUGGCCUUCAGUGAUCUUACAUCGAGGACUGUGCGUCUUUACGAUAAUUGGAUCAAAGAUGCUGAUCCAAGAGUUGAAGACUGGCUCCUCAUGUCCUCGCCUCUGCCGCAAACCAUCAUCCUGGGACUCUAUGUCUAUUUUGUCACUUCUCUGGGACCAAAGCUCAUGGAGAAUCGAAAGCCAUUUGAACUCAAGAAAGCGAUGAUAACGUACAAUUUUUUCCUAGUACUCUUUUCUGUGUAUAUGUGUUAUGAGUUUGUGAUGUCUGGCUGGGGUACAGGUUAUUCAUUUCAAUGUGAAAUUGUUGACUAUUCACGGUCGCCUGCAGCAUUGAGGAUGGCACGCACCUGCUGGCUUUAUUACUUCUCAAAAUUUAUUGAGCUGUUCGAUACUAUCUUUUUUGUUCUGCGUAAGAAGAAUAACCAAGUGACUUUCCUGCAUGUCUUCCAUCAUACCAGCAUGCCAUGGACCUGGUGGUUUGGAGUCAAAUUUGCUGCAGGUGGUUUGGGAACAUUCCAUGCCUUUCUAAAUACAGCUGUACAUAUAGUCAUGUAUUCCUAUUAUGGACUGUGUGCAUUGGGACCAGCUUACCAGAAGUAUUUGUGGUGGAAAAAAUAUUUGACAUCAUUACAGCUUGUCCAGUUCAUUAUUGUCACCAUCCACGUGGGACAGUUCUUGUUCCUGGAGGACUGCAAGUACCAGUUUCCAGUCUUUGUGUACGUGAUUUUGAUUUAUGGUUGCAUCUUUCUGCUGCUCUUUCUCCAUUUUUGGUACCACGCUUACACCAAAGGUCAGAGGCUGCCCAAAACUGUGAAAAAUGGAAUCUGCAAAAACAAAGAUCACUGAAAUUCAAGCACAGCAUGAAUCGAUAGAUGAGACUGCUAUCUUGUCUUCCUUGACAAUCAAGAGAUAUUUCCAUGUGUAGUGCAUUUUGUAUAUUUUUCAAAACCAAGAGCUUGUAUUUUUAUGAUAAGUUAUUGGGGUUUCUGAUAUUUGAGAGCCCAAAGCUCCCAGAUAACAGAGUCUUCUGAUAAUUAGAGCCUGAAGCAGCCAGGUUUUCAGCUGCUUUUAAACCUAAUCUAAAGGUUUUAUUUAAUACAUUUUGUUACAAUGAAAGGAGGAUAUGAAACAGUACAGUACUUUUCAAAGAAGUCCGGUAUAGAUGAAAAAUAUCAUUUGAUAUUUUGAGCACGGACAGAGAUCCAUGCCGUACAAUAGAUUCCUUCUGCCAGGUCUGGAAACCUGUAACGUGGUAUCUGGCUUGGUUGCUUGUUGACUAUAUUCAGAAAACACUAUAUUUAUUCUUGAGUUAAAUUCCCAUUCUAAAGAGCUAACACAGGGAACAGUCCAGUGAAUUUUU